CGGCACCGUAGGUGAGGCCGGCGGCGUGGAUCCUCGGUGGGCGCAAGUCGUCCGCGUAGGCAGCAGCUUGCAAACGACCGCGGCGGUUGGGAAUUUGGGGCGGACAGGGACCCAGCUACAAUUCUCUCGACGGUCACCCCCCUCCUGAACUUUGAAAUGCUUUACCUGAUCGGUUUGGGCCUGGGAGAUGCCAAGGACAUCACAGUCAAGGGCCUGGAAGUUGUAAGAGGCUGCAGCCGAGUGUAUCUGGAAGCCUAUACCUCAGUCCUGACUGUAGGGAAGGAAGCCCUGGAAGAAUUUUAUGGAAGAAAAUUGAUUCUUGCUGAUAGAGAAGAAGUGGAACAGGAAGCAGAUAAUAUUUUAAAGGAUGCUGAUAUCAGUGAUGUCGCAUUCCUUGUAGUUGGUGAUCCAUUGGGGGCUACAACACACAGUGAUCUUAUUCUGAGGGCAACAAAACUGGGAAUCCCUUAUCGAGUUAUUCACAAUGCUUCCAUAAUGAAUGCUGUAGGCUGCUGUGGUUUACAGUUGUAUAAGUUUGGAGAGACAGUGUCUAUUGUUUUUUGGACGGAUACUUGGCGACCAGAAAGCUUCUUUGAUAAAGUGCAGAAGAACAGACAGAGCGGCUUACACACGCUGUGCUUACUGGACAUCAAAAUAAAGGAGCAGUCUUUGGAAAAUCUAAUCAAGGGAAGGAAGAUCUAUGACCCUCCUCGGUAUAUGAGUGUAAACCAAGCAGCCCAGCAACUUCUGGAGAUUGUUCAGAAUCAGCGAAUCCGUGGAGAAGAUCCAGCAAUCACCGAGGAGACACUCUGUGUUGGCUUAGCCAGGGUUGGAGCUGAGGACCAGAAAAUUGCAGCAGGCACUUUGCAGCAGAUGUGUACUGUGGACUUGGGAGGACCACUGCAUUCCUUGAUUAUCACAGGAGGCAGCUUGCAUCCACUGGAGAUGGAGAUGCUGAAUCUGUUUUCCAUACCAGAAAAUUGCUCAGAAUCACAAAGCGUUGAUGGGCUCCAAACAUAGACAGUUUUUCUUGUGAGACAUUAACUUCAGUCAUGUAUGCACGUACACGUAUUUGUAUAACAAAUCAAACAGGCCUUUUGGUUUACAUAAUAAGUAUAAAGCAAGUGACCAAGAAGAAAGGUGUUCACUCACAGUGCUUGGUUUCCUGUGGCAGUGAGUUUUUCCCUGUGACAUCAUCAGUUGCUGCGGUUUUGGCAGUUUUUCAGGGUGUGCAUACAUGGAGCAGACCAAAUUGGAAAACUUGUAGACAGACAUCCAUAGGCAGAAUUAUUGAAGAGCAAUUUUUGUUUAUGAAACCAGUUUAUACAAGGUGGAACUUUCUUCCUUCUUCUAAAGUCAGCUGUACUGACUGCGAGAUAAGUUGUCCUGACAGCGUUUGGUAUUAAUGCAGAUAAACAGAGGUGGGAGGCGUUAAGUCCCCACCCAACAUUCUUACUUAAAGCUCAGCUGAGUACAUGCCACACAGUGACAUCCUUUUGAAUUGUCUUGUCGUGUUUAGCUGAUGCCCUAAUUAUGUGGCUCAUGUUCUGCUGUAUUUUGGAGGUUGUAUAAUGGUUGAAUUAUGAAUGUUCAGCCAGCCAUGUAUAGCUGCUGCUUGGUUUCAAUUAGCAUCUUUCAAAUCCAAAUUGACAAAUGGAAAACUUGCUGACUACAAAAUAAAAUUUAAAAAAAUUUAAGUUUGAAGACAACAAUGGAUUAGUCAAGAUUUGUCAUAUCACUUAACAGUUAAUACGGUUCUACGUGUAUGCAAGUAGCCACAGUCUUCUUCCUAGUUGUAAAUCACACUCCCAUUUUUUAUAUUUCAUGACUGUAAAGUUUUGUACUUUUCCAGUUUCUAACAGAAAUAGCUUUGCUACAUGUUAGUUUAGUUGGUCUAACUCUGAGUACAGUUGACCCUUGAAUAACACAGGUUUGAACUGCACGGGUCCAUUUGUACACAGAUUUUUUUUUUCACUUAAUACAUCCUACAGUACUACACAGUCUGGUUGGUUGAAUCCACAGGUGGUUGAAUCCAUGGAUGUGGAACUGUGGAUGUUUUCAGCUUAAUGGAGCGUCAGUGCCCCAACCCCCACAUUGUUCAAGGUCAGUCAGCUGUGUUUCCAUGUUCUAAUCAAUUUAUCUGACCUCUUUGUUCAGUAAAUUCAUUGGAAGUUGAGCAGAUACUUCCCUAUUUUCUGGAAGCAUCAAUUAAGAAGAGAUUCUUUUGAGUUAUUUCA